UCGCUCCGCCCCGCCCCGCAGCGGACCAAAAAAAUUCGAAAAUUCUUCAUGGCUUUCUCCAUCUCCCCGUUGCUGGCAAACUCUGCGAUUAUCUGCGUUCUUCUUGUAUUGUUUGCAUCGCACCGGGAUGCUGCUGCUGCUACUGGAUAUAAUUGCUACAAAUCCAUCAUUAACUUCGGCGAUUCCCUCGCCGACACCGGAAACUUCAUUCGCAUGUCGAAUCCUGAAAACAAAGGAGCCACUCCGCCCUACGGAGAAACGUUCUUUCACCGCCCCACCGGCCGCUUCUCCGACGGCCGAUUGAUCAUUGACUUUAUCGCUCAGAGCUUGGGGCUUCCGUUUUUGCGGCCAUAUUUAUCGGCAGAAGACGACGGCGGAGAAGAAAUUAAUUUCGAGAAAGGGGUGAAUUUCGCCGUCGCCGGAGCUACUGCGCUUGAUAUCUCCUUCUUCGAAGAAAGGGGAAUUUAUAAUGCGAUGACAAACACCUCUUUGGGAACACAAUUGGACUGGUUCCAGGAAUCUUUCUGCACCAACACUCAUUCUGCAGACUGCAAAGAAAAAUUGCAAAGCUCUCUUGUACUGAUGGGAGAGAUUGGGGGCAAUGACUACAAUUAUGCAUUCAUGCAAGGCAUUCCUAGAGAAGAGAUCUCAUCUUUUGUUCCCAAAAUUAUUUCCACCAUUAGUUCUGCUAUUACGAAACUGAUUGAAUUUGGAGCGCAAAGCGUGGUUGUUCCAGGAAAUUUCCCUAUUGGAUGUUUACCGCUUUACUUGUUCUUCUUUAAAGGUUCAAAUCAGAGCGAGUACGACUCUAAAACCGGUUGCAUAAAUUGGUUAAACGAGUUCUCCAUGUACCAUAAUGAGCAACUUAAACGAGAGUUGAGUCGCCUCCGAGAGCUUCAUCCUAAUACCACCAUAAUUUAUGCGGACUACUACAAUGCAGCCCUGGACUUGUAUAUUUCUCCAAGCAAUUAUGGAUUUAAUAAUACACUAUCAGCAUGUUGUGAAGGAUGUAUGUUAUCAAAAUCAUCAACGGUAUGUGAUGACCCAUCAUCAUUUGUAAACUGGGAUGGCAUCCACUUUACAGAAGCAGCAUAUGAAGCUAUAGCGCAGGGGCUACUUCAUGGGCCAUAUACUUCACCUAAUGUUUAUGAAUUCUGCAUUCUUAAAGGCUCAAGAGGUCAAACAUCAUCGGAUCAUUUAAGAAUGAACAUAUGAUAUGAUGGCAGGUUGGGCAGUUCGAUCAGUUGAUUCUUAGGUGGUAGAUUAUGGACAAUGACAAGAAUAUAAUGAACAUAUGAUGUUGGAUUUUCGGUACGGUAUAAUUAUUUCAUGAUGAGCUUUAUUAUCAUACUCUUCUAAUUUAAAUGGUUUGCUACAAUUACAAAUGAAUGUGAUUGUUGUAAAUCGUUGCAUUUUGUGUAGUUGAUGUGAACAUAUUGUCAUUGUUGUUGUUGCUGCAUGCAUAGUGUUACAGACUUAACGGCGUUUGGUUGGAAGGAAGGAAUUAGGUGAGAAAGGAA